GCUUAACCAAUCGAGCAGAGCUUUUCUGAGCAACGACAAACCAUAACCAAGAAUUUUAAUGUCGCUUCCUCUUGGAAACUGAUCAAACCAAUUUUAAUUCUCGGCAGGUUUGCAGGUGCCAAUAACGAAUAGAGUGCCUAAUCAUCUGAUCAUCAUGCAGCAAGAGACCGACCGGAUGCGAGUAAAAAGCGGCGGCCUAGCAAGCCAGUUGCAGCAGACUGCGGAGAGCGUAGUCAAGAUGAAGGUGCAGCUAGAGAGCGAGAUCAAGCUGAGGGACAUCAAGAUCGCCGAGUACCAAGAUGCCAUCAAGCAACAGAAUGAAAGCAUGGUUUCUCAGCAACAGCACUCCGAGGCGCUUACCCACAGACUUCAGUACGAGGUGCUGAAACGCAGCAACAUCGGCAUCAAGAUUGAUGCAACAAGAAGCAUUUGCAACACUCUCCAGCAACACACUACCCAUCUUUCAAGUGUCAUGCAAAAAUGCGUCGAGGAGAAAGAUCUGAUCAAGAAAGUGCAGAUUGAAUACCUGCAGGAACUGGAAACUUUAACAGAAAAGGCAAAAGACUAUCAAGAAAACUUGCUGAAGAUUGCAGAACAACGAGAUGGGCUUCUGAUAAUAUAUCAAAAGGAAAAGAGUCAAAAGGAAAAGACCAUGGAUGAUUUCCUUGCUCUAACUAAAGUGCAUGAGGAAACCGUUGCAAGUGCUGAGGGUGCUAUAGCCGUUAAAAACUGUGAAAAUGAAAAGCUGAUUGAGCAGCUUGCUGAGAAAAACCUUCAAAUCCAAGGCUUAGAGGCAUCAAAAGCUGAAUUGCAAGAACAGAUUUGCCAGCGCUUGGAAGCUUUCACGGAACUGCAGCACCAUCUCGCAGAUGAGAAAGAAAAGCAUGCAAAAUUGAUUGAUGAAAAAGACAAGGUUAUUGCUCAGCUAAAUAAUCAGCUUCAAGAGGCAAAAUCAAAUGCAAAUGACAUAGUUUGUGAAAUAACCACCUUGAAGCAGUCAUUUUGCACUUUGGAAGAAAUUGAUGCUGGAAAAAGUGCUAAAAUCAGUGAGCUGUCUGCCGAGUUAGUCUCAUUGCAGCAGAAACUUGAGAUUAAAUUAAAUGACUUCAGCACCUUGAUGACUGAGAAGAUUCAGCUGGAGGAAAAAGUGCAAUUGAUUGCUGCUCUAGAAAGGCAAAUUGAAGACCUCACUGCCAAACUUUCUGGAGCUUCAAUUGAGAUAGAUGAAUUGCUUAGGAAGUGCGACCUUGGCAAUUCAAAGUGUGAGAAACUUGAAGCUCUUCUGUUGGAAAAUCAAACUGCAUUGAAAGAAAAAGAAGAAAAAUUGCACUUGAGUUCUAUAGAGGCUGAAACCUUGGAGGAGAAAAACAAAAGUAUGGAAAAUGAACUGCAAAAUUUGGCUAAGGAAAUUCAAGCAGGCAAGAACGAGAUGCUUAGGCUUCAAGAGAAAAUGAAACUUGAAGUGGAAGAGAAAAAUAGCUUGAAAGAUUCGCUUGAUAUUCUAAAGAGCUCCAGUGCAGCAGAAUCUGGAGAAAUGUCAGCUCAGGUGGCACAACUUAGCAGAUCUUUGGCUUUGAUGAAAGAAAAAAUUGUUGAAAAAGAAAAGAUUAUAGGGAAUUUGACUGCUCAGGAAGGUGUUCUGAAUGGCAUGCUUGAUGAGUUGAAGGAAACCCUCGAGAACCAAGAAAAAGCUGCUAAAUACAAGAUUGAGACCCUGCAAGACGAAAUUGGUGGCAAAGAAACAGAAAUUGCAGCGCUGAAGUUGUCUCAGGAAGUGCUGCUAGAUGGUGCCAAAAAUAAAGAGGAUGAAAUAGAAUCCCUUAAAGGACAACUGCAAGAGGCGCAGGACGAGCGAGAGACGUUGCUUGUGGAGAAGAAGGAUUUGGAAAAGAACCUUAAAUCUGCCUUGUCCAAAAAUAAAACUGCUGAAAACAAGUUUGAGCGACUGGAGAGCAAGAAUAGAAGCUUAGAGAAGGAAAAGAAGGAGCUUGAAGAUAAAAUAGCAAAGGCAAAAUCUGAAAAAAUGAAAGACAGUGAAAAGAAAGACCAGACCAUCAGUGACUUUGAGAAAAUUAUCAAAGAAAAAGAUGAUCAAAUUGAAGAAUUGGAAAAAUUGAUCUCUGAUGCAAAAUCUGGGAGUGAGGAAGAGUUGAAAGCAAAGGACGCUCAGCUGGUAGAAAUGGAAUCUGAAAAAACCAAACUUGAAAAAGAUUAUGAACAAAUGGAGAGAGACAAGUCCAAUCUAGAGGCCAAGGUCUUAAAGCUCAAUGCUCAACUCGCAGAAACCAUCAAAAGCCUCAAUGAUGUUGGAUCUCGAUUUGAGUCGCAUAAGCUGAAACUGCAGGAGAAAAUCAAGGAAUCUGAAGUACAACUGACCAGAAAAGAGGUUGAAAUCAACAAACUCAAGUCCCAGACAAGUGAAAUCAGCCAAAGCUCGGCCUUGUCAACAUAUGGACUCAAAAAGCAAAACAAGUUGAAAAAAGAUACUCCAAAGCUGAAGCGGCUCCAAAUGCCUGAAAAUAAGUCCAUUCUUAGGGAUGCCAGCAAACCAAAGUCAUCAAAGAAGAAUGAUAGAAUUAUCUCUUUCUCCAUCAACAAUGAAUAUAUUCCCUAUUUUGAGGAUGAUGAUUCUUCUUCUCUCAGCUCUUAUCAGAAAAUACCACCGAAAACGCCAGCUAAAACUAGAAAUGAGCUUCCAACCAUCUCAACCAGAAAAUCUCCCUUGCAAAGCUGGGGAAAAGGAGUGGUUUCUGAAUCAGAUGAUGAAGAUAAUAUUAGUGAGGACAUGUUCGCUGAUAUUCCAAGAAAACCCAAAUUCCAAAUAAAUACUCCACUGCCAGAGAUGAAUAAAACACCCACAAAGAUGCCUGCCACUUCAAGCCUUGAUGCCCCCUCAAAGGCCAAGAGGAGCCGAACAAGUGGACUUCACAACAGGGGCACCAAACCAAAAUCCAUGCAAAUCAACUGAAGGAAGAAACUAAUUGUAAGUACCUGUCUAGCACCUACAUGCCUGUGCUUUUAUUUUAAGUUUUAAAUGCAAAAAUAAUUUGCAUUUUAUAACCUGUUGUUGAAAAUGAAAACAAGAUAUGUUCCUUUUAUUUUAAAAGUGUUGAAGGCUUGAAAAGAGAUUGUUAGCUUAACUUAAAGCAUAUGAAUAUUUAAUUUGAAAAAUAGAUUAAUAAAAUUGGUCACUGAAAUAAAAUACGUCAACACAAAAAAUUCAAUGAGAAAGUGUCAACAAGGGUGGUUGGCGUUGCGGCAUUGAAUGAUAAAACCAAGAGUUUGAUGUUUCUUGUAUUAAACCAAUUUUAAUCCUUAAUCGGCAGUUCU